GCCAUUUAUUACUUUGCGGGCAGCAUAAUUUCUAGUCAAGCAACAUUUGAGAGCGGGCGUAUUUGAACCGGGCCGUGCCGCCCUGAAACUCGUGAACGUGAAACAUGUUUCGGACACAUUCUGUUCGCUCUUGCUCACGAACGCGUAUGGUUUGAGCGUUCGGUUCGACCGGCGUUUUGAAUUCCCAUACAAAACGCAAUCAGCGUCGAACUCGAACUCAAGAAACGCAAUCACCAUCAAACCAUCAAACCUGAAAAAAGUAGUGGAGAAAAAAUAGCAGCAGACUGAAUGGCAAUGUAUCUCACAAAUUGAACUCGGUCGCGGACAAGGAAACAACAGAGCUAUGUCGAAUUUUUCUCUGAAUUCAAAGUCCGUUGAUAAAAUUUUUGAUAAUUUCGACGAAAAGAAAAUCACCUAAGAACGAUAUAAUUCAAAACCGCUAGCACUCGGUCGCGCGCGUAUCGGCUAUACGAAAAGAUAUUGCAGAGCCCCCGAGAGGGAAAUAUUGAACAUUAUAUUGAUUAUAUAUUGAUCAACAAAAUUAAAAACUGCAGGUUGAGUUUUCGUUUUUGAUUUGAAUUUUUUUUUAAAGAAGUGAUUUGAUUUUUUUGUGUGGUGAAAAAUUGUCCGAAUCUCGAAUUUCAUCAGUUGGGGUAAUUGUUCCAUAAAAGGACCUAUCGAUCCCCUGACUUUCGAUUCCGUGAACGGAAUAUCAUAUCAACAGUGAGUGCGAUUCGAAGUGUCCGUAAACCGUAAAGAACUUUGCACAAAAAACAGCAACGACAACAACAAUACAAGCAACAACAGCCGGAGAAGCAUCAUCAUAGACAACGGUUGUCAGUUGUCGGUUUCCCCUCCCGCCCCGUCUCACGGUCUUCGUUUGUGCCACCCGACCGGGCUGCAUACAACCAACAACAUCAGUCUACACUUGAUAUAUACAGAUAUAUAUAUAGUAUAUACAAAAUAUAUAUAAAACAAAAACGAUCGAUUCUGGUGUGCGCGUGCGCGAGUGUGUGAGUGCGUGUUGCAUAUAUAGAGCCGACUGUUGCGACGACUUUUCUAUAUAAUCGGGUAGUACGCACACAGAUACACCCAUCGCAUCUACAGAUACAGCUGCAGAUACAUAAAUAUAUAUGUAUAUAUAUCUAGCCAAAGAAGAAGAUAUAUAUGCGUAUAAGCUGAACGCGGCGCACUCUGCUCUGUUUUUUCUUUUAUAAUUACUUUUGGCUAAAAUUAGAAAACGUGUGUGUUGCGCCAGUGAGUGUGAGUGUGUGUCUGCCUCACUAGCACUAGUAUCUGUGUCUGGCUAUAUCUCUGGUACAUCAUCAUCAUCAUAGACGUCGUCAGAGACGAUGUCUUCUGCGGCCGUGUGUGUGCCAGAAAACACUCGUCGCCAGUGAAUCAGACUAAGACUAAGACUACGACUACGACUACGGCUACGGGCUAUAUAGACAUCGGGCGAAGAUCGCGUAUACGGCUAGACAAACAUUAUCUAUCGUAUAUCGUGCGGCGGCGAGGAUUACACUUACAACUCGGCGACGAAGACGAAGACGAGGCCGAGACGAGCCGAUCUCUCAAUCUCGCGCGCGUGAAAAUUCUCGUGAAGGAAAACCGCUUGUAGAAGAGUGAAGGAAAAAUCCAACGCCACGCGACCUUACCUCUCUCGCUCUUUCUCUCUCUCCCUGUCUCUCGUUCAAUUGGGGGGCGAGCAGCGGGGCGUGGCCGUGCGUCGACUCCAAAGCGCUCAAGUGAAACGUGUAGCUGAACAACAACAAGAAUUCUAAACAAAAUUUUUUUAUUCAAACACAUUCAAACAAAUUUAUCCAACACAGAUAGUUUUGGCAAAGAUAAAAAGAAAAACGCGACGGGCAAACAAAAUGAGUCACCAGCGACAGCAACAGCAACAACAACAAUAUCUGUGGCAUACAGAAAAGUGUUAACAAAUUAAUGCUACAAAUAGUGAAAAUCAGAAGCAGUCGAAAAAAACAUUCUUACCCCCAAUUGCAUCUCUCUCCCGAGCAAUCUGUGUCUCUUUUGCCCCUGCUGUCGCUCAAAAUGCUACGAAACUAUCGAAAGUAUUUGCAGGAUAAACGGAAAUACGACAAGGCACAACGAGGACGCAGCAGCAGCAGUAGCAGCAGCAGCAACAUUUGUCACGUUUAAACACGAAUUGAGAAGGAUAUUAUCAGACCAGCAGGAACCCCCUAGAAGGAGCCACUCCAGAAGCAACUGCAACGGUUAGAGCUGAGCUUGUAGCCAGAAGAGGAAGAUCCUUUCAGAUUUUGUACAUAAAAUCAGGGCAAUAGCAACAACAAUUUUGGAGGACGCCAUGUAUGCGCAACAUUUGCGCAAAUGGAGUCUAAAAACAAAAAAGCCACUAAUGCCAUUGAUAUUGCUAAUUAUCUACGUCAGCAACAUGCUGCUGCCGACGACAGCAGCAGCCGCAGUGGCAGCCACACACCAACAGUUGCAACAACAACCACAGCAACAGCAGCAACAGCAGCAACAACCACAAAGAUUAUGGGAAGGCAGUGCAGAAGAAAGCAGCUACUAUAUACCACUGACUUUGGAUAAUGGCAGCGGGAGCAGCAGUGAAAGCGCCAAGAGUACUGGCAGUACCAGUGGCAGUGGCAGCCUCAGUAGCAGCAACAUCGACAACAAUAUCUUAAGUAGGCUGCUCAGCCGCACCAGCAAUAGUCUUAGUAGCCGUAUCAAUCUUAAGUUAAAGCCAGCAACAGUAUUCGACGCCGGCAGCAAUGCAGCUGUACAGCAACUGCAACAGCAAGAGCAACAGAAGCCACAGAUGCAACAGCAGCAAGUGCCACAUGCUGCUGCCGCCGUGUCAAUGCAGCAGUCAAUGCAAAAAGUUCCAAAUACUUUAAUAAAUAGUCAAAUAUAUAAUUUAUUAAACAAUGGCAGGCCCAGCGAGGCGGCGAACAGUAAAAUGCGUCGCCAUAUACCAACCACUCAGUUGCAACAGCAACAACAGCAGCCAAAGUUGCAACAACCUAGCUUACCGCGACCUGUAAGCAAUUACAGUAGGCGAGCCACGCAAAGCUAUCUCAUCGAGUCCUACGAAGUGCCAGACAGCCAGAUUCCGGAUGAGGACAGCCCGGAGCAGGCGGCGCGCAAUCGACGCGACGGCAACCAGCGGCCACAUCGCUCUGGCCAUCGUCAGCAGCUGCAGCAGGACAAGCGGGAUCAUCGCCGCCAGCGUCAGCAUCAACGGCAGGAGCAGAGACUGCGCCAACACCAGCCGCCCCAGCAGCAGCGGAGGAAGCAUCCCCGGAAGCACAGGGGACGACAGCGGGCCGGACGCUACUGCUCGGCCCGGGAUCCCGCCCAACUGGCCUACUCGGCGCCCACCGUCUUCCAGGGCGUCUUCAUUUCCAUGUCGGCCGACCGGCGGGUUAACUUCUCGGCCACCAUGAAGGUGCUCAAGGUGUACAAGCAGCAGCGGGAUCUGCAGCUGCCCCAGCUGGUCCGGCUGCAGUUCGCCCUGCGCAACGCCAGCGGCGAGUGCGACAUCUACAGGGAGCGACUGCUGCCGCGGGGUGUACUCCGUUCCGGGAACGAUCUGCAGCAGUCCUCCGAUAUAUCCUACAUGAUGUUUGUCCAGCAAACGAAUCCGGGAAACUUUACCAUCCUAGGCCAGCCCGUGCGGGUCACCCACUCGGUGAUGGAAUCGGUCAAAAUGGCUGUGAGUGAAAAUUAUGCACAGAACGCAUCGAUCACGUCGAUCACCUCGGUGCCGAGCACGACCAUCGACAAUGGCCGGGAGCUGCGGAUCGUUUGCAAGGUGUCCGGCCAGCCACCGCCGAAGGUCACCUGGUUCAAGGAUGACAAGUCCAUCAAUCGCAAGCGCAACGUUUACCAAUUCAAGCAUCACAAAAGACGUUCCGAGCUGAUUGUGCGCUCCUUCAAUAGUUCCUCCGAUGCUGGCAAGUACGAGUGCCGUGCCAAGAACAAAGUCAGCAAGGCGAUCAUCAAGCGCCGCAUCAUGAUCAAUGCCUAUCCAGUUGCCUCUCGGCCGGACCAGACACGCAGCUCGGGCACCCCCUGUCACUUUCCUGACUUCUGCUUCCACGGCGGCACCUGCAUGCUGAUCCCGGAUCUGAACGAGUUCUAUUGCAAUUGCCCGAACGGAUACUUCGGCGAACGUUGCGAGAACAGUAGGCCCGACAGUAGGUACAGCAAUAGUAAUCCCGAAUUUUGCGACAAUUAUCAUGGAGGUUAUUACUGCUAAAAUAGGCACUUCUAUAGCAUCGAUUGUUUUAGAUCGAGUCAAGCGACCAAUCGAAACUGAAACAGAAACUGAAACUGAAACUAAACACAAAAAAACAAAAACACAACUCAAAUCAAAUGAAAAAUCAAAUCAAACCGAACCGAACUCAGUGCCCAUACCAAAAUAAUUAUUAACUAAACAUAAUCUGCAGUUGUAUAGAAGCGAAACCAACGAAAUUCCCCCACAGCACUUUUCACCAUUAUUCCUCAUCCAUUAUCCUUUCAAAAGAAAACCAUUUAAGAAAAAUAGAAUGUGAAAUAAACCAAAUAUAGUUGAUAGAGCGACACUCAAACACCUAAACACUCACACAGAAAGUACAAAUAUAGUAUGCGAAAUCGGAUCCGAAUCAUAGAACCAUUAUACCCGAAACCACACUCCACACCUCCCCCUGCUGCCCGCCCUGCUAUCAGUCAAACUAAAAGUUUUAUUAGAGAACACAUUCCAAAAAGCAACAAAGUAAAGUCUUAAAAACGAAACAAUAAAUAACUAACAAAGUUGUUCAUAUAAUCUUUUUUUUUAACAUAAAAAACAAAACAAAACGAAACAACAAAACAAAAAACGAGAUGAAAAUCAAAUAAAUACGAAUAAAAACAAAGGGUGCUAUAGAAGGUUUAUUUUAAAUAGUUUUUUAAAUAGAAAUUUAAUAUAAUUUCAAACUCACUCAUCACACACACACCAACAAACACACAAUCGAUUAAAUGUUAAAAACAGCAAAAACAAAACAAAAUUAUGAAGCAACACUCUGACAGACGGACGGACAAGCGAACAGACGGACGGACAGAUGAACGGACAGUAGGAGGAUGUCCGCAACGCGAAAUACAGAAACUUGUCGAAUCUUAUUCAAUACUCACACAAACACACUCAUACAAACAAUAUGAAUAUCAAGGAUGAAUAACAAUGAAUAACGAUGAAUAAACAGAGGCUCUCUUAAGUUAGAUACACAAACACAAAACACAACACAACACACCACAACAAAACAUAUACCACAUAGAACAUUUGCAACAAAUGGCAACACACUCACCCACAAAAAGCAAUGUACUGAAACAAACAAAAUGAAUCGCUACGGAAAACGGGAACAGAAUUUUGUUUUGUUUUCGAUCAAAUUUUUUUGUAGUUGGCAAAAGAUCCACAAAUGAAUGAAAACUCUCUCUUCAGCGAUGUAACCCUCAUGAAUAACAAACAAUACAACAAUAUUUAAUGAUUUGCGAUUAAUUUUAGUUCUUAUGUACUCGUUAUUAGAAAUCAUAUUAACACUUUGGCUGUAGAUUUUGACAAACCGAAACACCGAAUCAAACAAAAACCAAAAAACCAAACAACUUCAUUAUGCUCCUUGUUAACUUUUAUUUGGUGAUUGUUUUUUUUAUUCAUUUGUAAUUUUUCUUUUGACUAAUCUCUUGCAUUUCCGAUUGGGUAACUUUGUUUACUAUUAUUCCUUAGUAUGUGCUCGUCUCCUUCAAAUAGUUCCACCACACCAGAGAGAACUUGAGCCUCUUUCCAAAUACAUAUGUAUGUAUAUUCCGAAUCGGAUGCUUUCUCUUCGAAAUCUCUCCCUCUGCAUGGAAUUCUUUCUUUCGAGAGCGCAUUUGAUGCUUGUAGUUGCCCCCUUUUGUAUUUCUUUUUUUUCCUUUUUGUGGAUAUGGUUUUAGCCAGCUAAUAGUUAAACGUAAAUCGUAAAACGAAACGUAAAGCAAAGAUGGAAGAUUAAUUUUUAAUUUUUAUUUAUAAUUUAAUCUCUUCACAGAUAUUUUGUUGCAAUCUACGGCCAAAUACAAUACAUACCUUAAAUAACGACUAUUAAUGCAUAGAGUUUUGUUUUAUUAUUUUUAUGAUUUUUAUAAACGAAAAAAAGAUAAACGAAAAAACGAAAAACCGAAAAACAAUCCCGCAAUCCAAGAACGUCGACAAUUGUAAUUUUUUUUAUUAUAUAGAAAAAUUUGAUAAUUUGUUGCACCGUCAGAUUAAGCCCGAGAUCCGAAUCCCAAUACCAUUCACACAAUUUGCAACUACAAAAAAUUGUAAACACAUCAAAAUACUCGUACUCGUACUUAGGCACCUUUUAGAACCCUGAGUGUCCCUUCAUUUCCACAGUCAAGAGAUACAGAUCCAGACUGACUUUUUCUAUUGAUUCUGUUUGAAUAUAUUUUGAAUAUGAAAAGCUGAAACUAAUAUUAAAUCGGAAUCUGAAUUUAUUAUAAAAUAUUUAAUUGCGAAGAAACGAUCAAGAAUUGAUAUUUGAAAUUGGAGAAGCGGAAAGCGUAAAGCUUAACCGACUUUGACCUUGAACCGACUGUCACUGACACUGUUGCGCUUUUGUUGUUGUAUCAUAGACAUUAUAGAAAGAGAU